AUCGACUUCUGUGUCAAAUUUCACAUUGCUACGUCAUGGCGAGGGUCCCUGGUCACUACGGGCGAGUCUCAGCUCUGGUACAUACACUGACUACAAUGCUCUUUCUGGUGUUGCCUUACCGCACAUGACAGCCGGCUCACGCUUGCGCAGAACAUUCUGAACUCCACAGCUGAAACAUUGAGGGACUUUCUACAAAAACAAUGAAAUAAUCCGCGGGGACUCGGAGCUCAGCGUGGCCGCAGCAGGGCGCGAUGCAGUCGGCCGUGGUGCGAUGCCUGCCCGGGGAGCCCAAACUCACCAUCUCCUUCUGCUUGGACGGGAGCCACAAACACAUGCUCCGGGACCAGGACGAGCCCGUGGGGAAAGUCCUGACGCGGAUCGGCCACAACCUCACCAAGAACCAGGGCAAGGGCAAGAAGAAGAAGAAGCGCGGAGAGGAGCCGAGUGAUGGUGCGCAGCCCGCCGCGGAAGUGAAGCUGCUGUUCGGGGAGGAGCCGGUGGAGGAGUCGGUGUUGAACUCGGAGGCCUGGAGGGACGGAGCGGUGCUGUGUGUGGGGGAGGUUCGGUACGCGGUGAUGAGGAACGCGCCCACCUUCACCUCCGCGGAGCUGCCCCGGUCCCUCAUGGCUGGGUUCCCCGUCUGCCCCAAACUGCAGCUGGAGUUUGGGAAGAUGGAAGACUGCGAGUUCACGUGGUUCAAGGAAAAAUGUGUAGGUUCAGGUGAGAAUUGGGUUGAAGUCGGUUCUGGUCGAGUUUUCGUCCCCUCUAAUGAAGACAUUGGGAGCAGACUCCAACUCCGCUGUUUACCCAAAGACGGGACGAGGACUGGUUUGAUCAAAGAGCUGCAGUCGGAGGGAUCUAUAGAGGCCGGACCGGGGACGUGCACUUUUGACACUCGGCACCUCUUCACGCAGCAGCAGACGCAGUGGCCGGAGGUCAGAGUUGUGUCUUACAACAUUUUGGCGGACGUUUACGCUCAGACCGAACUGUCUAAAACGGUCCUGUACCCCUAUUGCGCCCCCUAUGCCCUGGAGCUGGACUACAGGAUCAACCUCAUCAGGAAGGAACUGUCCGGCUAUAACGCUGACCUCAUCUGUCUCCAGGAAGUCGACAAAGGAGUCUUUGAGGAUAGUCUGUCCCCUGCGAUGGAUGCUUUCGGUUUCGAUGGAGUUUUCAGGAUCAAAGAGAAACAGCAUGAAGGACUGGCCACUUUCUUCCGCAGGUCUCGUUUCCGUUUGCUGAGUUCUCAUGACGUGGUUUUGAGUGAGGCUUUGGGCUCAGACUCUCUUCACUCAGACUUACUCCAAAACCUGAGCUCUAAGCCGGACUUAAAGGAGAAGGUCCUCCAGAGGUCCACGUCUCUGCAGGUGUCUGUUCUCCAGGACCUGCUCCAGCCUGAGCGCUCCCUCUGUGUGGCCAACACUCACCUGUACUGGCACCCCACAGGUGGCAAUGUGCGUCUGGUGCAGAUGGGCGUGGCUCUUACUCACCUGGGUCAUGUGAUCAGCACCGUCUCACCUGGAGCGGCCCUGGUCUUUUGUGGAGACUUCAACUCCACUCCACACUCAGGUGUGUGUGAGUUGUUGACACACUCCUCCAUCCCUCAGUCUCACUCAGACUGGCUCAGCUCUGGUCUGGACCAUCACUGCCCCAUGGACCUGGCCUCUCCGUUCCCCCCUCUCCUCUCCGCCUGUGGGACGCCUCCGUACACAAACUACGUGGGGGGAUUCAAAGGCUGCCUGGACUACAUCUACAUCCAACCGGACCACAUGAAGGUGGCGCAGGUGAUCCCACUGCCAUCUCAUGAGGAGGUGACCACAUAUGAGGCUCUGCCCAGUGUCUCUCACCCAUCUGACCACAUCUCUUUAGUCUGUGACCUGCUCUGGAGCCCCCAAAACAAACAAUAACACCUAAAAAUACAACAUUAAUACACAUUAUCCAGACUUAUCCACUAUCUUCCACUGGUUUGUGACACGCUGUAGAGUCUUAAUGCCUUUAAGCUGCUGAUGCAAUGUCUGCAAGGUUUACCCUUCUUAUUUACUGAAUUGACGUCAUUUUCGGAAAAAAAAGGUUGUGUAUGAAUUUUCAAGGUCGAUGUGGGAAUCUUCAGUUACCUCUUUAUUAAUGAUGAAGUUUGGUUUGCACCACAGAAUGUUCCAGGUUCCAUUCUUUUUUAAGGAGAGACAAUGCAUUUGUCUGUUUCUGUCUUUUGAUAUUGUGACAUUGCUUGGGUGUCCUAAAAUGUGGGCUCUCUAAAUUAAACAAGAUUUAAUAACAACAUAUUAGUAUGUCUCUUUUGAGGUGUUUGUCCAGAAUAAAUUCAUAACACACCUUUCACACUUUUGUACAGCCCUGCAAUUUGCAAGCAUAAAAUGGUUCUAUGUUGUACUAUUUGUUGACCCAUCUAAGAAUUGUUUGCACAAAUAUUGCUGUGUAUUUAAACAAUAAAAGUUUUUAACCUAGA